AUGGACCUCCACCAACUGAUCGAAUGGUACAAGGGGCGGAUCAACCAGCCAACAACGACCAGAAACAAAACUAAAAACCACCAAAAACGAAAUCCCAAGCAAGACCUCACCAACUUCCCUCCCAGCAACUUCCCAAACCACCAUCACCACAACCACCACAGCCACCAUCAACACCAACAGCAGCAGCGUUCUUUCCACAACACGAGACCUUCAUUGGUGGAAGCUGGAGAGUGGGAGCUGACCGGAGCAGUCCCGAUCGCAUCGGGCAAGAAGAUGUUGGUGGAAGAUUCGAGCUGUUUAUUCUUUGGUUCGUUGGUACACUUCGACGAUAUCAUAUCAUUUGCAUAUCGCAAGUAUCAUGAUAUGGUGAAUAAUAAUAAUAAUAACAACAAUAAUAAUAAUAAUAACAUUGAUGGGAAAAAUUAUUAUGAUGUAGCUGAUAGUAGUGAUGAAUCAAAAAUUGAAGCGCAGACGAGUCCGACAGUGAUGAGAUCAAAGGCGGGAAACGAGGUUACCUUGUGGUGCAAUGCCACUGGCUACCCAAAGCCUGUGGUGUAUUGGAUGAGGAAGGAUAGCAACAGACCUCUGCCUGAUGGCAGUAACCAAUUUUGGGGCAAUGGACUGCAGAUAAAGAGUGCAUCUGAAAUGGAUACAGGAGUGUACGAGUGCUUUCUCGAUAAUUUCGUCCAGCCCAUCGUCAACUACCGCUUCACGCUUAUGGUUGAAGGAUCGAAUCCCUGGAAACUGGACGGCUACAAGAUGAGGUACGACAGCAACCAGUGGUACCCCAUCGAUUCUGAGGAGCCAGCCCCGGUGAAGACGAAGGCCUACCUGCUGAUGUGUGAGACCAGGGGUGCCAACAAGCAGGUGGUCAUCAAGUGGUACAAGGAUGGCAAGCAACUCCACAACACCCCCAUCUACUAUAUCAUUGUUAGCACAUCACUGUAUUAA